UCCUGUGAGCUGCACAGACAUUAGAGUGGGUUAGACUCCAGUGAAGAGCUGCUGAGAGAGCUGUGUACUCAGUGUGGUAUACAGGGCUAGUGUAGUGCUGGGUGUGGAGCUGUCAGUGUGCUGUGAACUCAGUGUUGUUUUACUAGUGAGGAUGUUGCUGACUUUUUAUCUUCUCUUCAUUGGGCUUCAUGUCUCUGAAGGCUGCACCCUGGUGAACAGAGAAAAACUAUUGAAUAUAACAGCUCAUACAGGAGGGUCAGUACUGCUGCCCUGCUACUGCGCUGACCUACACACCACACCUGAGGGAUUCAGCUGGAAGAAAGACGACACAAAAACAAAAGCACGGGAAGUGAUAUCCAGUGAGAGCGGUCAGUACAGAAACAGAGUUCAGCUGUUUAAUAGUCACUCUCCAGGAAAUCUCUCUCUACUCAUAUCACACCUGACUGAGGAGGAUGGGGGAGUUUAUUACUGUGCUGUUAAAGGUGCACAUUUAGUCAUCAGACUGACUUUAAAAGAGGGACCAGCAGAAAAUACAACAUUUAGUAUUUCACCUGAUGAUCAUUCUACUUCCACACAUUUCUUCAUCGUCAUUCCUUUUCUUCUUCUCUUGCUGGGAAUUGGAGGAGUAAUCUUUUGGAGACGCAGAGGACUGAGACAAGGACAGACAGAGAGCCAAGAGCAAGGAAGGGUGAAUAGAGAGCAGAAAUCACAGGAUGAAGUGAUGUACUCCACUAUAGACCACAGUAAAACACCCACAACACCCAGAGUAUUUAACAUCAGAGAAAAGACCGAAUACACCACCAUCAGAAAUCUCCACAGUCUCUGUCCUUUGUCCCCUUUGCCUUGGUGACUGUGAUCUUCCUCCACAUUAUAGUAGC